GAGAAUUUGACAACUCAAGUAAAGCUGCACUUCGUUCCUCAGCCGGCAUGCAUUUUUGACUUGCUCUUAGUGUUUCUAUCGUGGCAAUAAUCCUGCAUUACACUACACUCAACCAUGUCUAGCAAUCCAGGUUCACCGGUGCAGUGUAGCCCGAUCCUGACCCGUACGCUUGAGCUGAAUUUAAACAAAAAACUCUCCAAAGAAUGCCUUCGCUGGGGAACGGUAAACGUGGUCCUGCUUUCGGUGCUUCUGUUCGACAUCUCUAAUAAGUGUCCGUACGCGUUUUCACACUGGUACUACGUGGAGUAUGCCGCUGCUGCCAUCCUUGGCACAAGUAUGGUGUACUAUUUCUCCCGCUAUUUUUACUACCUGUUCAGCGCGGAACCCAUAGAGGGCACGGAGCAGCAACGUCGAAUACUGAAGUUCGAUGCGAACGAUAGCUCCUUUAUCACCACUUCACCGCAGGCAAAACCAUUGUCCAAGGCGGAUGUGACACCGUUGAACGUAUCGACCUCUCUGUUACGCUCCUUCAAUGACUCAAACUAUGCAGCACAGUCGCCCGGCUGGGUGUACAAUCGCGGCAGUCCGCCACUGGAAACAUCCACCAAGCCUCAGCCGUACGAUCGUAACUGCUCGUACGAGGCCUCGCCGAACGUUAGCACCGGGUCGGCAAAGUUCUCCCCCUCGCUCCGGAAACUGGGUCACCCAAGUGAUAUUAUUGACGACGAGAAGCAAUUGGAAUGUUUCCUACGGGAAGUAUCAAUGGACAAAGGGAACCGUUCUUUUGCCGAGCGUGAAGUGAACACAUCCGACAAUACGAUGAAUUUGUCCUCCCGCUAUCGAUUCAAUGACAUUCCGCAUAUGCUGAAAAACACGCUCUACCAGCUGUCGUCGUCCACCACACCGAGCAAGCAGAUGCAAAAGGAGCACGAGGCGGGCCAGUACAACGCGUUCAUCGAUGGCAGCCCUGAGGGGCUGAAGAAGGUAUCCGCCAUGCAGCUGUCCAACUACGUCGGCAACUUGCGCAAGUGGAUCUCGCUCACAAUUUUACACCGGAUCGAGGAGGAAAUGGCGCUUGCCGAUCAGGCAUUUAAAAGCCGCGGUUUCACCGACAUCCAGAUCGGUAGCAUUGGGCUGGAGCGGUUGAAGAAAACGACGGAAAAUCAGCAGCUUGUUUCGCUGUAUAUUCCUCGCUUGCCACUGCUCAUUCCGUUUCUAGAACUAUCCAGCAACCAGGAGUAUCUGGUGCAGCGUAUAAAAGAUCUUGCCAAGGGCAGCUGCCUGGCGGACUACCGAUGGAACUCCGGCUCUUCCUACAAGGGUUCUUCCUGGGACGAACAUUUACCAACUGAUUCCGCUAUAAUAUUUCACCUCUUCUGCACGUACAUGGAUAGCCAGUUACGUCCACUGCCCCAACCGGGUGGACGCCCAUUCUAUAACCGUUACGUUGUAGUGGGCGACAAGAAAAGUACAAAGGAAACCCUGGCAGAAGUGCGCUGUAAAAAUAAAGCCAAAUGUGCGAUCCUCUACUCCAAUCCGCUCAAACCGAAGUUCAACUUUGUAUCGGAUGAUAAGAUUCAUAGUUGUGCCUACGAUCGAAAUAAUCUUUUCUACGUAAUCAUUCAGUUUUUGAUCUACAUGAAAACCCACAACGAAAGUUCACUCGAAGGGAUCAAUCUCGGCCGAAGUGGCAUCAAUAUACUCUGCUGUGUCGAAGACUAGGUUUCUCGACAUGGAAGGUACGUUAUAUUUAAGUGAAAUGAAAUGUGGCUGAUUUGUAAUUUAUGGUAAGUGAAACGGACGUGUGCUAGAAUAACGAAAGCCAGUACGAUUUAGUUUAAACGAAGCAUAUGUUUUUGUAAUGUCUUAAUCGUAGUACAGGUCUAAAGAAUAUGUAAAACACAAAACACAAAUAGUCAUUUUCGAUUCAUUUUAAAUGUAUAUUCAUCCAUAUUAAAUACGUUUAAGAAGAUACACAAUUUUACUGGUAAAAAAUGCUGAUCGAUCGUCUAACUUGCUUUCUGGAGUCUAUGUAAUGAAAGAUUUGAAAAAAAAUAGUUUACGCUUCCGUUUCUUAACUUUGCCCGAUGACAAAAUAUUAGACAUAAACCAUAACAAACAAAUUCAG